AUGGGCCUAGACAACACUGCAGUGCCCGAAGAGAAGAAGUUCGCGGUUGAACCGAUUGCAACGCCAACAGAGAUUUCCGCAGGCUAUUCCAUGAAGGCAAUAUUCCCAACGGAGGCAAUACCACUUUUGGAGGCAUUAUUACCAACUCAUUCGGCUUCGAUUCGCGCACCUCGCUACUUCUUAGUGCUCCCGCCGGCGCGGUUGAUGUCGGCAGCAAGCUACUCUUCCCUUGACUCUCUCGGACUACUCCAAUAG